AUGACUCCUGCUCAAUAUCCUGAAGAACUUCAGCCUGAGAAUUACUCUGGGAAAUUCAACAAAAGAGAUAGGCAAUUUGUUGUGGUGCUUGUGGACCAAAGUAUGUUUGAGAAUUCAAACACUACCCUGGCAGCAAAGUUGCCCAUUGUCAAAUCUGCUUUCCAAUCCUCCACUGGUACAAAUCUGCGAGUGCAGUCAGAGUGGAAAACUGGCAGCCAACAUCUAAAAAACCUCAGCAUGACUGUUGGUGCAAAAGUCAGUGAUUUCCUGCGCAGGAAAGAAUCCACCAACCACAGCAUCUUUGGGGUAACAGAAGUCAAUGAACGUGCUGAGGCAGCCCUCUGUUGUGGACAAGGCACAUUGCUGGGAGGUCAGCACCAGGAAAAUAGGCAGACACCAACAAGUGUAAUUCCAAGGCUUAAUCCGCCCCCGUUAAGUACCAAAAAGCGUGCUCCAAGAGCUCUGAAAACCACUCAAGAUCUGCUGAUUGCUUCCGAACCACAGAUGAAGACUACACAAACCUUACUUCCUGAGGAGCUCCAGGAACUUCAGUGCCUACCUACUAAUACACAGGCAGCUUUUAGAGAGAUUGAUUCGUUGAGCCCGAUGGAAGUUGGAACCAGCAAUAGGACAUGUGUGCCUGAUCUCAUUCAUAAGGAGAAUAUGGAGCCCAAACAAAGUGCAAUUCACAGUGUAUCUUCUUCCACUCUCCCAGAAAAUGUGGCUCUUAGAUUUGAUUUAAGUGCUGGUAAAAACAUUCCUGAACACCAAAGCUGUAAGGCGCCUUCAGAAGCAAAGAUGCCACCCGUAGAAAGUGAAAGUCAUAAUCCAGACUUGUUGUCCUUUGAGUAA